AGGAAAACGACAUAUAGGAUUUUUAUACUACCUUCGUUUGCUAUUCCGCUGCCGUUUUUGACCACAUGUGACACCAAAAACAGCGGCUUUUCAGCAACUAUCAUCUGCCACGCUCCCGCACUUUCCCCCACCACCAACACAAAAAUCACAUCCUCAGGCCACAUCGUAGCUUGGCAGAGACCAACAUUUGUUAGUUUAUAAAUACCAGGUGGUUAAGCAUGGAAUGGACACCUAUUUCUAUUCACAACUUCAUUUUUGAACUAUUGUGGUAUCUUCGCAUCAACGUCUGUUCCAACACUCCCAAACUGGCUGAGGAUGUAUGUAUAUUGGUCCUGUUUUGAUUUACCCUGAUUCUGAUUCUUCGGUAUCAAAUAUCUUGCUAAAUGAAAAGCAAGUUUUGGUAUCCUCUGCAUCGUCAGUGCUGUGUCCUUUCUCCCCCAGCUUCAAAAAGACCUGGGUACGAAAGAGUUCCUGUGGCAUCUCUAUCUUCUACUUAUUAUUCAACCUCGUCAGCACCACAGAGCAUUUUACCCUUUUUUUCUUCUCACUAGUCAAUGCCGGGAAUUCUGAAACUCCUAUCCACAUGUUUCGACAUCAUCCACCAAAUGUGGGGGACUGGUUUAACUUUGCUCAAAUCUCAAUGGUCUGGUUAUUAUUUUUGUUCCUCCUUGUGAAUGGCCUCUACUUCCAGUCAGCUGGUCAUACUUUGCAUAAGACAGCUGUGGUAAUGAUAUACAUUUUCUUCCUGGGUGUGACAAUCAUCCCAGAAUUUGUCGACGCAAUUAUUGGAGAAUGCAGCUCAGAUCACCAAUGGGCUCUUGAGUUCUUCAUUUCUGGGAAUAGGUUGUUCAUUCUCCCAGCAACAACUAUCCUUCGUAUCUUAGCAAUUCCAUUUCAGGCAUAUAUGAUCUCUCACCAACCCUGGCCAUCAUCAUCACUAAGUCUCACCACACUAGCUGCACAAGCAGUUAUCUUCUUUCUGGUUGCUGUAUCGUGGAUUAUGAGGGUUCCAUACCCACACAGUGCACAUUACCCACCAGUCACAUACUUGGACCGGAUAAUAUUGUAAACCAGGUUGGUUGGGGUGUUAUGGAUAAUCUCAUCCUUGCAAUUAAUUAUGCAGGCAGUAUUGCUAUGUUUAGCAAUACAUCAUGGAAGGAGGUCUGAUUCUGG